AAUUUACGGACCUCCCCAAUAUCCAACAACAGCUGUCCUCUGUAAUGAGCACAGUGCAAAGGAGGGCCACGCCCUUGACACCAACAGUGACUGUGGAGAGACAGCUACCAGGAAGGGAUCUUGUGUUCUUGUUGGAUGGAUCUGAUGGUACUAGAACUGGAUUCCCAGCUAUGCGAGACUUUGUCCAAAGAGUAGUAGAGACACUCAGUGUGGAUGACAACAAAGACCGUGUCUCAGUGGUUCAGUACAGCAGAGAGCCAGCUGUCCAGUUCUAUCUGAACACAUACCCGACAAAGGGCGAGAUCCUUGACAGUGUCAGAGGUUUGAGGCACAAAGGUGGAAGACCCCUCAACACUGGAGCAGCUCUCCAGUACUUGAGGGAUAAUGUCUUCACGGCCUCUGCCGGAAGCAGGCGUGUGGAAGGAGUUCCACAGGUCCUAAUAUUGCUAAGUGGUGGCAAGUCUUCUGACAGUGUUGAUGUACCAGCCUCUGCUCUCAAACAGCUGGGUGUCUUGACCAUUACAAUUGGAACCGGGAGCUCUGAUAGCAUCGAACUGCAGAAGAUAUCCCACGAUCCCAGUUAUGCUCUAUCUGUGUCUGAAUUCACUGACCUUCCCAGUGUCCAACAGCAACUUAAGUCCUCCGUGGAGGCUGUGGUUAUUGGCGUCGCCCCAGAAUCACCAACUGUAUUUGUUGACACUGCCAAAAAGGAUAUCGUAUUCCUUCUGGAUGGUUCUGAUGCCACAAGGAAUGGCUUCCCUGCCAUGCGUGAUUUUGUUGAGAGAGUGGUGGAGAAACUCAAUGUGGGAGAAAACAAAGACCGUGUCUCUGUGGUCCAGUACAGCAGAGAUGCAGAGGUCCAUUUCGAUCUGAAAAGAUACAAAACACGAGAUGAUAUUCUGGAUUCGGUCAGAGGGCUGAGACACAGAGGAGGCAGACCCCUCAACACCGGGGCAGCCCUCCAAUAUGUCAGGGACAACGUCUUCACAAACUCCUCCGGGAGCAGGCGCCUCCAAGGUGUUCCACAAAUGUUGAUCCUGCUAAAUGGUGGAAGGUCUUUUGAUAAUGUAGAUACCCCAGCCUCUGCUCUAAAACAGCAGGGCAUCUAUGUUGUUGGCAUUGGAACAAGGAACUCUGAUAGUAGAGAGCUGCAGAAGAUAUCAUAUGAGCCUACUUACGCUCUAUCAGUGUCUGAAUUCACUGACCUCCCCGAUAUCCAAGAACAGCUCUCCUCUGUAAUGAGCACGGUGCUAGGGAGGGCCACGCCCAUGACACCAACAGUGACUGUGGAGAGACAGCUACCAGGAAGGGAUCUUGUGUUCUUGUUGGAUGGAUCUGAUGGUACUAGAACUGGAUUCCCAGCUAUGCGAGACUUUGUCCAAAGAGUAGUAGAGACACUCAGUGUGGAUGACAACAAAGACCGUGUCUCAGUGGUUCAGUACAGCAGAGAGCCAGCUGUCCAGUUCUAUCUGAACACAUACCCGACAAAGGGCGAGAUCCUUGACAGUGUCAGAGGUUUGAGGCACAAAGGUGGAAGACCCCUCAACACUGGAGCAGCUCUCCAGUACUUGAGGGAUAAUGUCUUCACGGCCUCUGCCGGAAGCAGGCGUGUGGAAGGAGUUCCACAGGUCCUAAUAUUGCUAAGUGGUGGCAAGUCUUCUGACAGUGUUGAUGUACCAGCCUCUGCUCUCAAACAGCUGGGUGUCUUGACCAUUACAAUUGGAACCGGGAGCUCUGAUAGCAUCGAACUGCAGAAGAUAUCCCACGAUCCCAGUUAUGCUCUAUCUGUGUCUGAAUUCACUGACCUUCCCAGUGUCCAACAGCAACUUAAGUCCUCCGUGGAGGCUGUGGUUAUUGGCGUCGCCCCAGAAUCACCAACUGUAUUUGUUGACACUGCCAAAAAGGAUAUCGUAUUCCUUCUGGAUGGUUCUGAUGCCACAAGGAAUGGCUUCCCUGCCAUGCGUGAUUUUGUUGAGAGAGUGGUGGAGAAACUCAAUGUGGGAGAAAACAAAGACCGUGUCUCUGUGGUCCAGUACAGCAGAGAUGCAGAGGUCCAUUUCGAUCUGAAAAGAUACAAAACACGAGAUGAUAUUCUGGAUUCGGUCAGAGGGCUGAGACACAGAGGAGGCAGACCCCUCAACACCGGGGCAGCCCUCCAAUAUGUCAGGGACAACGUCUUCACAAACUCCUCCGGGAGCAGGCGCCUCCAAGGUGUUCCACAAAUGUUGAUCCUGCUAAAUGGUGGAAGGUCUUUUGAUAAUGUAGAUACCCCAGCCUCUGCUCUAAAACAGCAGGGCAUCUAUGUUGUUGGCAUUGGAACAAGGAACUCUGAUAGUAGAGAGCUGCAGAAGAUAUCAUAUGAGCCUACUUACGCUCUAUCAGUGUCUGAAUUCACUGACCUCCCCGAUAUCCAAGAACAGCUCUCCUCUGUAAUGAGCACGGUGCUAGGGAGGGCCACGCCCAUGACACCAACAGUGACUGUGGAGAGACAGCUACCAGGAAGGGAUCUUGUGUUCUUGUUGGAUGGAUCUGAUGGUACUAGAACUGGAUUCCCAGCUAUGCGAGACUUUGUCCAAAGAGUAGUAGAGACACUCAGUGUGGAUGACAACAAAGACCGUGUCUCAGUGGUUCAGUACAGCAGAGAGCCAGCUGUCCAGUUCUAUCUGAACACAUACCCGACAAAGGGCGAGAUCCUUGACAGUGUCAGAGGUUUGAGGCACAAAGGUGGAAGACCCCUCAACACUGGAGCAGCUCUCCAGUACUUGAGGGAUAAUGUCUUCACGGCCUCUGCCGGAAGCAGGCGUGUGGAAGGAGUUCCACAGGUCCUAAUAUUGCUAAGUGGUGGCAAGUCUUCUGACAGUGUUGAUGUACCAGCCUCUGCUCUCAAACAGCUGGGUGUCUUGACCAUUGCGAUUGGAACCAGGGCCUCUGAUAGCAGCGAACUGCUCAAGAUAUCCCACGAUCCCAGUUAUGCUCUAUCGUGUCUGAAUUUACGGACCUCCCCAAUAUCCAACAACAGCUGUCCUCUGUAA